CUUUAGUUGUGAAUACAUGGAUUUUGUGUAAACUUUUUCUUUGUAAAUCUGAUAUUUACUACUAUUACAACCUCCAUGUAAAUAAAUAAUGCCGAAUACAAUGUUUGUUUUAGAGAAAUGUUGCUUCUGCGUCAAACUAAGAUUUGGCUGUUUGAUCAUCGCGUACUUUCAAUUGUUAAUUGAAGUCAUUACAUUGUCUCUAUCACUGUACGGGAUUGUUGAGGGCUCUAUAAUGCUGACAUCAACUGUCAAGGCCAUCACCGACAUGGGCUUUAUUAUGAUGACACUGAGCGGCCUGUUCCUUCUCGCUAUUGCAUUCAUGCUGGCAUUUACUAUCGUCCUGAUUAUCGGACUGCAUAAGAAAAAGGACGCCUACAUCCGCGCGUACCUCCUAUGCUCUAUGGUUUAUCUCAUAGUAGCGGCUACUACAGGCUUCGUGUCCUUCCCUUUGCUGCUAGUUUCCGCUAUUGAUGUGGCCUAUAAGAUUAUCAGCUUAAUUCUUCACGUGUAUUUCAUCUUCGUCAUUAGAAGCUAUUGGAACAGAAUAAUUCGAUACAACCAGACAAUAUCAUGAUUUAUAAAUAAAACAAUAAGAACAUUAAACAUUUUAUGUUUAUUAACAUUGAAUUAAAUAAAU